UCUGUUUUUGUGACACGGCCUAAAACCCUAGUGGGAGACAUUGGAGGAAGGGGUUUAGCUCUGGUAUAACCUGUUCCGUCGUUGAGAAUGGCCGAGCAGCAAGAGAAAAAGCAAAGCAAAGUGCCGAUACUACCAUGGAUGCGAAGCCCGGUGGAUGUCACUCUCGUCGAGGAAUCACCACUCGGUCUGGUCCCUUGCCUCGACCCCAGAUUAAUGAAAGCUUUGCAAAAAAUGGGCUUCUCCUCGCUCUUUCCAGUUCAAGUGGCAGUUUGGCAAGAGACAAUUGGGCCUGGUGCUUUUGAACGUGACCUGUGUGUUAAUUCACCAACUGGGAGUGGAAAGACUCUAGCUUAUGCUUUGCCAAUAGUGCAAGCCCUCUCAACCCGUGCUGUCAAGUGUUUGCGAGCCUUGGUUGUGUUGCCUACUCGUGAUUUGGCCUUGCAGGUCAAAGAGGUUUUUUCUGCUAUUGCACCUGCAGUGGGAUUAUCUGUUGGUUUGGCAGUCGGUCAGUCCUCCAUUGCGGAUGAAAUAUCUGAACUAAUCAAGAGACCUAAGCUUGAGGCUGGCAUUUGUUAUGAUCCAGAGGAUUUUUCUCCUGGAUUGCAAAGUUCAGUGGACAUAUUGGUGGCGACCCCUGGAAGGCUGAUGGACCAUAUUAAUUCAACUAAGGGGUUUACGCUUGAGCAUCUUUGCUACCUUGUUGUUGAUGAAACAGAUCGACUACUCAGGGAGGCAUAUCAGUCUUGGCUGCCUACUGUGCUCCAGAUGACUAGAUAUGAUGAAGGUUUCUUUCCUCGUGCUCCCACUUUUCUCCCUUUUUCACUUGGUUCAUUAAAAACCAUUAGAAGAUCGGGUGUCGAGAGGGGAUUUAAGGGUAAACCUUAUCCCAGGCUUGUGAAGAUGAUUCUUUCUGCUACUCUGACCCAGGAUCCAAGCAAGCUAGCUCAGCUUGAUCUACAUCACCCUUUGUUCUUGACAACAGGAAAAACUCGUUACCAAUUUCCUGAAAAAUUAGAGUCAUUCAAAUUGAUUUGUGAAACAAAAGACAAACCUUUAUACUUGGUUGCUCUUCUGCAAAAGUUAGAAGGAGAGAAGUGCAUAGUUUUUACAUCAUCUGUGGAGUCAACUCAUCGUCUAUGCACCUUACUAAAUUUUUUUGAUGAUCUGCCAUUUAAGAUAAAGGAGUAUUCGGGUCUUCAACGUCAGUCCGUAAGAAGUAAAGCAUUGAAAGGAUUCCGGGAAGGAGAGAUUCAAGUACUUGUUUCAUCUGAUGCAAUGACUCGUGGGAUGGAUGUUGAAGGGGUGAAAAAUGUGAUUAAUUAUGAUAUGCCUGCAUAUAUAAAAACUUACAUUCAUCGGGCAGGUCGGACUGCUAGAGCAGGUCAGGCUGGACGUUGCUUUACUUUGUUGCGUAAAGAAGAGACUGAUUUUUUUCGGUCUCAGAUCAAGCAUUUCAAGAAGCUGUUGCAGAAAGCAGAUGAUAAUUCUUGCCCUGUUUACACAAUUACUUCAAGUUCUGUUGAAUCAAUGCACUCAAUUUAUACUUCUGCCCUCGAAAAAUUGAAAGAGACAGUUGAGUUAGAAGCAUCACAGAAGCGCAAAGUUGGAUUCAAGUCUUCUAAAACAGCAGCAGGGAAAACAAGCGAAACACACUCCUCCAAGGAAUAACUUGUUCACAAUCAAAGUAAGUUUUGCCUAAACAGAUCUAUGCGGGUGAUGAAAGUUUUGGCCCUUUGAUUCAAAAUGGAUGAGUGUUGGAAGAUGAAAGAAUAGACGACGUCUUCCACGGUUCAUGGUUUCGGUAUGAUUUUAUGUGCACUUUAUGUAUCCUUAGCCUUCUUUCUAACUAAUCAAAGAGAAAUCAGCAAAGAACUAUUGCAAAAGUGAUCUUUGAUGGCUCAUUUUCUCUUUAUUAGUUUGGAAUCUAAACCAUGAAUGAUCAGUCUUGAUUUACUUCUGGUAUACCUAAUAGUCAAAUCAUUUACUUCUGUAAAAUACAAGUGAAACACUAAUAUGAGGAUAGUGAAUGAGAGAAAAACCAGCACAAUUCAUAUUCCAUUCUC